AUGAAUCUCUUCAGGCUUUUAGGCGACUUGUCCCACUUGGCAUCCAUCUUCAUUCUUCUCCAUAAGAUGAAGUCAACUAGUGUGUGCCCCGAUCCCGAUCUCAACCUUGUUUUCGAAUUCCCCGACUACAAUACUGACCUCGAACUUCUCCCCUCGUCGCUAGAUCUGUCAUGGACUUUGUUCGACUCGCUUUAUCUCACAACAUUCAAGCUCCUCUUCAUCGGCUCCUCAGGAUACAUCAUCUACCUCAUGCUGAACGAUUACAAGCCCACCCACGACCCGAACCUUGAUACCUUCAAAGUCCAAUACCUUCUAGGAAUCAGUGCCCUCUUGGCGGUGCUUUUCCCUCGCAAAUACCAAUUCUUCGAGAUUCUCUGGACUUUCUCGAUUUGGCUGGAAUCCGUUGCAAUCCUGCCGCAGCUGUUCAUGCUACAACGUACAGGAGAAGCUGAAACAAUUACCACUCACUACUUGUUCGCCCUCGGAAUUUACAGGGCUCUCUACAUCCCCAAUUGGAUGUACCGCUACGUGACCGAUCCUCGCUUCCAGGAAUUAUUCCAAUGGGCCCCAAUCCUCGCCGGUAUUGUCCAGACCCUGCUGUACUCGGAUUUCUUCUACAUUUAUUACAAUAAGUACGUCAUCAUGUCCAUCCAACUAGUCUAA